AUGAUAAAUAGAAAAAGAAUGCUGCUGCUGGUGCUCAUCCUGAGCACGAAUUUCGGCACAUUUCCUGCAUACAACAGCGAUGCGGACGAAACGGUGGAGCAUAUUAAAAUUGGUGGUCUCUUCGACGGAGACACCGACGAUGCAUCGCUCGCCUUUCAGUAUGCCGUCGAAGCGGUAAACAACGAAAGACUGUCCUAUUCCAACUACCGGCUGGAGGCCCAUCCCGUCACCGUCAAAUUUGGCGACCAAUUUGACGUGUCGAAGAAACUGUGCAAACUGAUGAGGACCGGCGUAGCCGCCAUCUUCGGCCCCAGCUCGCCGCGUUCGGCCGUCCACGUACACAGCAUUUGCGACGAAAAGGAAAUGCCCCACAUCGAAACCCGCUGGAACGCGCACUCACAACUGCCAACGUUAAACAUCCAUCCCCACCCGCACAUUAUGGGUCGCGUCUUUCUCGAUCUUAUCGUAGCUUUCGAGUGGCAGGACUUCACCAUCAUCUACGAAUCAACCCCUUGGUUACCGGGAACGGCGGAGCUGUUAAAAAUGCACGAUCCCAAGGGCUACACGGUAACCGUCCGCCAGCUGGACCUAAAACUGAACGGUAACUUCCGACCGGUGCUACGACGGGUGAAACUAUCCGAGGACAAAAACAUCAUCUUCGCCUGUUCCAUCGAAACAAUGCCCGAAGUUCUGAAGCAAGCCCAGCAAGUCGGACUGCUAACCGAUCACCAUCAGAUCAUCAUAACCACACCGGAUCUGCACACGAUCGACCUGGAACCCUACCAGUACAGUGGAACGAACAUAACCGGCAUCCGGAUGGUCGAUCCGGAUGAGGAGAAAAUUCAUCAGGUGACCGAAUUUCUGAAUGCCUCGCAAAUCGCCCGGACGCUGGAGCUAACCGACGGCCUUAACCCGGCUACGAUGCGCGUUGAAACGGCUCUAAUGUACGACGCGGUGCUGUUGUUUGCCGAAGCACUUCGGCAUCUGAUCGGAACGGAUCCACCGCAUCCGUUGGAACCGAUUCAGCUCAAGUGCGAAGAUGAAAACACCUGGAAGAGUGGGUACAGUGUCAUUAACUAUAUGAAGACGUCCACCGUUCAUGGCUUGACGCGGGCCAUUAAGUUUGAUCACGAGGGACGGCGGUCGGACUUUUUGCUCGACAUUGUUGAGCUUGGUCCGGCCGGGUUGGAGAAGGUUGGCGUGUGGAAUUCCAGUGAGGGGUUGAAUUUUACCCGGAAAAAAGAGGGGGCCGCCCUUGCUAUGGAUGAUGCGACGUUGCAGAACCGAACGUUUCGGGUUCUUACUGCGCUGUCACCUCCGUACGGUAUGCUGAAGGAUUCACCGACGAAGCUUACCGGGAACGAUCGCUUCGAGGGAUUUGGAAUAGAUCUUAUCAAUGAACUGUCGCUGAUGCUCGGCUUUAACUACACGUUCAUACUGCAGGAGGACGGUGUUUAUGGUUCGCUCAACCGGGAAACCGGCAAGUGGAACGGUAUGGUACAGGAGCUGCUCGAUUGGCGCGCUGAUUUGGCCAUCACCGAUUUGACGAUCACUUCCGAUCGGGAAAGUGCUGUGGACUUCACCAUGCCCUUCAUGAAUCUUGGAAUUUCAAUUCUGUUCCGUAAGCCAACCAAGGAACCUCCGUCGUUGUUCUCCUUCAUGUCACCGUUCUCGAAGCAGGUUUGGCUGUAUCUGGGCGGUGCCUACAUGAUGGUGUCCAUGUCACUGUUCAUCCUUGGGCGACUUUCGCCCAAAGAGUGGGACAAUCCCUACCCGUGCAUCGAAGAACCGGAAGAGCUGGAGAAUCAAUUUAGCUUCAGCAAUUCCAUGUGGUUUACGAUAGGAGCCUUGCUGCAGCAAGGCUCCGAAAUCGCACCCAAAGCAUCCUCCACCCGAGCGGUGGCUUCCAUCUGGUGGUUCUUCACGCUGAUCAUGGUUUCGUCCUACACCGCCAAUCUGGCUGCCUUCUUGACGGUCGAACAGAUUCACUCGCCGAUUAGCAACGCCGAAGAUUUGGCUGCCAGUGGCUCGAUCAAGUACGGUGCCAAACGGGACGGCAGUACGAUCAGCUUUUUCAAGGAUGCCGAGUACAAAACGUACCAGCAAAUGUACCAGUACAUGAUGCAGAAUCCGGAUCUGCUCACCUCGUCCAAUCCGGAAGGGCUGAAUCGAGUGAAAACCGAAAACUAUGCCUUUUUAAUGGAAUCCACCUCGAUCGAGUACAUCGUUGAGCGCGAGUGCGAUGUGACGCAGAUCGGAGGAUUGCUCGACGAUAAAGGCUACGGAAUAGCGAUGAGAAAAAAUUCUGCAUAUCGCAGUGCCCUGAGUGAAGCUGUCCUACGACUGCAGGAACAGGGCGUGCUGACCUCCCUCAAACGCAAAUGGUGGAAAGAAAAGCGUGGAGGUGGUGCUUGUGCGCAAAGCUCGGCCGACGACGGUGCCGAAGAACUCGGCAUGGACAACGUGGGCGGUGUGUUCUUUGUGCUGUGCGUUGGCUGCUCCACCGCCAUGUUUAUCGGCUGUUGCGAUCUGGUUUGCCAUAAUCUGAACACCGCACGCCGCGAAAAGGUUCCCUUCCGUGAGGAGCUGAUGUCCGAGCUGCGGUUCGUGGCGAAAUGUUCCGGCAAUACGAAACCGGUCCGCCAUCGGAAGAGUUCGUCCGGAUCGCGCAAUUCCGUCGAAUCCGGCCUAACCGAGCACUCGACCAGUCCGAAGCUAACGGUGACGGAGGGUAACGGAAAGGUGACGCUUAAUCUGAAGCCCAACAACGGCCGGAAGCCGGUCGCGUUGGACGAUUGA